GUGAAGACAGCAUCACAUGAAGAUGCAGACAAAUUUAGACCCACCCCAUCCCCAUGUAAUUCAACUCACAUGGAAGAGGGAAGGGGUAAGGCACUGCAAAACAUCUUCUCUCUCUUUUCCCUCCACAUCAAGAUAUGCAUACUAAUAAUACUAAAACUAGUACUAAUUAUGCUGUUAGUAUCAAUCUUGAUUAUAGUACUUUAAUAUUUCUUGCCAACUCCUCCCUCACUAUCAACUCAUUGGCAAGCACAUGUACCCCUUUUAGUUUUCUCUCUCUAGUACUACUUCUUGUUUCAAUCUCUGGGUUUUUUCUUCUUUCUCCAACGAAACAGCAUUUCAAACAUUUACCUAUGGAUCUACAGGGAUAGACCCUUUACAGUUUUUUGCACUAAUGCAUUCACUUUCUUGGCAACUGAGAGCUACUUUGUGAUUUUCCCAAUUUGAUGUUACCAUUGCUUUUUUCCUCAAUUUUUUAAUUUUUUUUGGCUUCUUUAAAGAAAAAUCAAGAACCUGAUUUGUUCUUGUGGGGUGUGUUAGUUUGUUCCUCUUUUCAUUAGCAAGAGAUUGAUUAAAAUUUUGUGCAUUUUUCUGAAGUACUGGAGAAACAAAGUUCAUUACCUUUGAUUUUUUGUUGUAAAAAUCAAAUCUUGGUUUUCGGGGGUGUUGCUAAAUGAUGAAAACUGAAUGAUUUUGACAUUUAUAAAGAAUGCUGCUGGAGAUGAUUUGUAUUGUUUCAUCAGUCUGAAUUCAGGCUUGUAAUCCCUAGCAUUAGUGGUAAUGGUGCCUAGGAGAGGUUUUCCAGAGUCUUCUUUGUUUUGUGUGGUGAGGAACUGACUCCAGCUGUGAUUGUGAAGAUAUAUUGACUUUUGACUAUCUAGAGAUGAGUGAUAAUGCAUUGAUUGGCCUAUGAAAAAAAGUGAGUAAUAGUUUAAAGAGGGAUUUGACUUUAUAGGUUGUGUUGUGUUGAAGAGGAGAGGAAUACAAGUAGAACCAUGGCUGCUAAGCUUUUACAUUCAUUGACUGAAGAUAAUCAAGAUCUGCAAAAGCAAAUUGGAUGUAUGACAGGGAUUUUGCACAUAUUUGAUCGUCAAAGUAUGCUUGCUAGUAGGCGCCUAAUCGGCAACAGCCCCAGAAGGCUCACUUCUGGCAGCUCUCACAUUGGCAGUGGUACUUCUGAGAAAGAGUACACUAGCACAUAUCAAAAAUCACCAGCUAUGGAAAGCCACACAAACAAGACUGUGCAAGAUAAACAAAGAUUGUCUACAGAAUCGUCGAGACCAUCAUUCUCAUCUUCUUCACGUUCGUCUUCCUUUUCUUCUCUUGAUUGUAAUAAAACAAGUCAACAAGAGCCCUUAGCUUUUGAUAGACUAAGUUUUGCUGAAACUCCUUCAAGAGAACCAGCUGCAGGCCAACCAAAUGCAUCACCACAAUUUGGUAGGCAAUCUCUUGACAUUCGGGAUGUGGUUAAGGAUUCUAUGAACAGAGAAGCUCAGAGGUUCUCAGCUGGACCUGCAGCGAAAGAAGAGGUGGCAGAAUCGAUGUCAAAGCCUGGGGAUUCCCCAAGGCCACUUCAGACUUUGAAAAACUUUGAUGGGGCUUACGAUUCAGGCCCAAAUGGGAAGCAGAAUUCGUCUGUUGAUCUUAAGGAAUCUCUCAGAGUUCUUGCUAAACUUCGGGAAGCUCCUUGGUACUCAAGUGAACAUAGGGAACUUACAAGAUCAUUAUCAUAUCAUUCAAAGGAUACUUCUACAUUAUCAGUCUCGAAAGAUGCUCCUCGUUUCUCAUAUGAUGGGAGAGAAACAAAUCAUGUACCCUUUGAACAGCAAGACAUUUCCAAAUCCACUCUUAAGCUUAAAGAGCUACCAAGACUUUCCUUGGACAGUAGAGUUAGUCCAGUACGAAGCUUGAACUCAGAACCAAAAUCUAAUUUCUCCUCAAAAUCUAUGCAGAAGGAUAGUGGUAAUACCAAUGCAAAGUCACCAACUCCGCAGCAAACAUCUGGGACUCCGGCUCGUCCUCCUAGUGUUGUGGCAAAGCUAAUGGGUCUUGAUACACUACCUGGUGCCAUGUCAUCAACUGACAACAAGAUGGGGUUGAGCACUUCUUCACAAGUUGAAGCACCUGUUUCUUUUCCAGGGUCUUCAGAAGUAUCUGAUCCGUGCAAACCUAUCCGAACUUCUAAUACCUCUAAGAACCUGUGGAAAGAACCUACUUCUCCUAAGUGGAGAAACCCUGAUAUGGCUAUGAAACCUAUAUCCAGGUUUCCCAUUGAACCAGCACCCUGGAAGCAACCUGAUAGGACUCGAGUGUAUGAGAAACCGAUAUCCAGGACAACAAAAACUCCUGUAAAGCCAGCCCACCCCUUUCCUUCUGUUUACAGUGAGAUAGAAAAGAGAUGGAAGGAUCUAGAAUUCACCCAUUCAGGCAAGGAUCUAAGAGCUCUUAAACAGAUAUUGGAAGCAAUGCAGGCAAAGGGCCUCCUAGAGACAGAAAAAGAGGAGCAGGAUUCAAAUUUUACUGGUCAGAAAGAGCAUCACCAGAAGUUUGCAAGUCCUGCACAGAGUGCAAAACUGGCAAACCAGAGAAUGAGGCAGACUGAUCAAGUGACUGCUCCAACAAAGAGGGGGAUAAAUUCUUCAAGGAAUUUUGAAUCCCCAAUAGUGAUCAUGAAGCCAGCAAAAUUAAUGGAAAAAUCUGACAUUCCUUCAUCUUCGAUGAUUCCACUUCAUGGUGGUGACUCUGUCAGUAGAAAGGGUAAUGCUAUGAGCAGGGCUGCUAAAGAACAUCAACCUAGAACUAAUCAUGGAAACAGUCCAGUGAAUCCCAAUGAAGCAAGAAGAACUUCGAAACCUCCACAGAUUUCAACAAGGUCCCAACAGCUUCCUAAAGAGAUCAUCUCAGGCUCAAUGAAGAGCUCAGGAUCCAUCAGUCCAAGAUUGCAACAGAAUAAACUGGAGCUAGAGAAAAAAUCUCGGCCACCCACACCUCCAUCUGAUUCCAACAGAUCGAGGAGACAGUCAAACAAGCAACAUACAGAGGCUAGUUCCCCAGGCGGAGGAAGACGAAGGCCAAGAAUUUCAAACAUCCAGCAACAUGAUGACCAUGUGAGUGAGAUCAGUAGUGAAUCAAGGAAUUUGAGUUGCCACGGGAAUAAAAUUUCUGGUCAAUCCAAUGGGAAUGUGGUAGCAGAAUCAAAAGUGGAUUUCGAAGUUACUAGUUUCGAGCGCUCUCUUGAGAUGACAAGCAGCUCAAGUUCAUCUAUUGAUGCAUCCAGUUACUUGAGAUGUGACUUGGUAGAGAAGAAAUCAAUUCGGGUGCUCUCUGAGGAUGAAAUGUUAACUGAACCUGCUCCAGAGUAUCCAAGUCCGGUCUCGGUUCUUGAUAAUGCUGUAUAUAUGGAUGAAUCACCCUCUCCUGUGAAGCAUACUCCAAAAGUCAUGAAAGAUGAAAGCUGCAACACUGCUGAUAAAUUUUCCAGUCCGCCACAGUGUGAUCGAUCUAAUACUCUUGCGAUUGAUGCCACCAGUUCUGGUCUCUCCUCAGAAAUCAAUAGAAAAAAGUUGCAAAACAUUGAGAAUUUAGUUGAGAAGCUCAGGAGAUUGAACUCCAGCCAUGAUGAGGCUCGCACGGAUUACAUUGCGUCUCUCUGUGAGAACACAAACCCUGACCACAGAUACAUUUCAGAGAUCUUAUUGGCUUCAGGACUCCUUCUCAGGGAUCUCGGCUCAAGCCUAACUAGUUUCCAGUUCCAUCCAUCAGGUCACCCAAUCAACCCUGAGCUGUUCCUAGUCUUGGAACAAACCAAGGCAAGCACUUUACUCAAGGAGGAACUCUGCAAUGAUAAGAUGAGGCAGUCGAAUCCAAAGGAAAAGAUCCGUAGGAAACUCAUCUUUGAUGUUGUUAAUGAGAGUCUUGCUGGAAAACUAAUGCUAGUGGGACCUUCGUACGAGCCAUGGUUGAUGUCCCAGAAGCUAGCAAAGAGCACCCUGAAUGCUCAAAGGCUUCUAAGGGACUUGUGCUCAGAGAUAGAACAACUUCAAGCUAAACCAUCAAAAUGCAACAUGGAGGAUGAGGAGGAUGAGUGGAAAAACAUACUGCUGGAUGACGUGGUGCAUCGUUCAGAGAGUUGGACGAUUUUCACAGGUGAGAUAUCGAGUGUAGUCCUUGACGUGGAGCGGAUGAUCUUUAAAGAUUUAGUUGAUGAGAUAGUUAGGGGUGAUGGUUCUGGUUUGAGAGCAAAACCAACUAGGCGUAGACAGCUCUUUGCAAAAUAGUAUCAUUCCAUUCUCGACUUCUCUUUGUUUUCUUCAUCUUUGUUUUCCUUUUCAGCUAAUUAUAUUGAGUAGUAAAAUAAUUCAGGAAUACUCAUUUGUGUGAUGUAUUGCAAAAGGAACAAUUGUCACUUAAUUGUAUUACCAACAUAUCUAAUCAAGACCACCAGUGCAGAAAAAUGUACUAAAUCCUGUAUUAUUUAGCUUUCCCUUGUGCAAAUAAAACAUUCCUGUAGUAUCAUUAA